AUGAGGCUCACACUACUGGCGCUUGUGGCUACAGCCGUGCGUGGCGUGUCGCAGGCGGGAACCUCGACGUCGUCCAGCCAAGUUUCUCCUCAAGAAUCCCCAGCAACUAAGUCCGCUCGAGCACUAUAUCAGGAUCCAAAUCUGGAAACAGCUGUCCGAGUGCAAGAUCUUCUCUCUCAAAUGACCCUGAGGGAGAAGAUGGCUCAGCUCAUGCAAGGGGAGCUAAAUAGUUUUGUUGACUUCGAGACGGAGUAUAUCAAUGAAACAUCCAUGAGAAAUCACAUGUUCAAUCAUACUGGCAUGCUGCGAGUCAGCUACCCGCGCACUACACUUGAGCUGGCCCACCGCGGGGCCAAGAGUGUACAGGACUGGAUCAUGAAUGCAUCAAGGUUGUCUAUUCCGGCGAUCGUGCAAGCUGAAGGGCUUCAUGGUCUUGGACUUCCAAACGCUACUAUAUUCACUUCUCCCAUCGGGCUUGGGGCAUCCUGGGAUGUUGAGCUGAUGGAGCAUGUUGCUGAAACGAUCGGUAAAGAGGGUCGCGCAGUGGGCAUCACACAAUAUUUUGCCCCCUCAUUAGAUCUUGCCAGGGACCCGAGGCACGGCAGGGCAAAAUCUUUCUCCGAGGAUCCAUACUUAGCCGGAGAGUUUGGAGCAGCAUUUGUGCGGGGUCUCUGGAAGUCCAAGGUUGCAUCCUUUACCAAGCACUUCGCGGGCUAUACAAACUCAGAGCAGGGAAUCUACAAUGGUCCUAUUCAUGGCGGGCCGAGAGAGCUUCAAACCACGUUUCUCCCUCCGUUCCGCCGAGCGCUGCAGGAGACCGGAGCUUUCACAGUGAUGAGCGCAUAUAACUCGUACGAUGGCAUUCCGUCCGUGAGCAACAAUUACCUGCUCAGUGAGUGGGGCUUCCAAUACUUUACCACUUCUGAUGACGGGGGUCCGGACCGACUCUGUCAUACUUUUAAGAUGUGCAGGAGCGACCCAAUAGACAAGGAAGCAGUGACCAUGAUGGUCCUGCCAGCUGGCGGGGAUACGGAAUACAGCGGAACAUUCAGCUUCGAUACAAUUCCUAACCUCGUUUCUCAAGGGACCUUGUCCGUACCAAUCGUCGACGAGGCAGUCCGACGAGUGCUUCGAGCUAAAUUCGAUAUGGGCUUGUUUGAAGAUUCAUUCCCCGCCGCACCGCCGACGGAUUGGCCGUCACUCAUUCACACGCCCGAGGCGCUGGAUCUUGCCACGGAGAUGGAUCGGGAGUCGAUUGUUCUUCUCCAUAACCGGGAGAGUAUCCUGCCUUUGCCUCAGAAGCCUCAGAGAGUAGCAGUCCUCGGGCCUUUCGCCGACAUGAUGAACUAUGGGGACUACACCGCGUACCGACCAGACGGCAUGACCCCCAAGCAAGGAAUCCAAUCCUUAGCCACCAAAUACGGCGGCGAGGCUCUGUACGCUCUGGGAUGCGAAGCCUGGAGCAACUACGAGUCGCACAUCGCCGAAGCAGUGAGCCAGGCACAGGCCGCCGACGUGGCCAUCGUGAUCGUAGGCACAUGGGCGCGAGACCUCCAGGGCUCAGACGAAGGCCUCAACGCGACGACCGGAGAAGGCUACGACACAAGUGACCUGCGGCUUGUAGGCGCCCAAUGCGCUCUCAUACAACAAGUCAUAGCCACCGGAAAGCCGACCGUCGUGGUUUUCUCUUCUGGGAAACCCAUCACCGAGCCCUGGCUUUCCGCCAACGGAACGGCGGCAGCCCUAAUUCAGCAAUUCUACUCCUCCCAGAACGGCGGCCUCGCGCUGGCCGAUGUGCUAUUCGGCCACCACAACCCCAGCGGACGCCUGCCCAUCAGCUUUCCGCGCGACGUGGGCAGCCUGCCCGUGUACUACGACUACCUGAACUCCGGACGCCAGGUUCGAAAGCCCGGUGCGCGGUAUGCCAAUGGAACUCUGGACUUCGGCCGCGAGUAUGUGCUCGAUACGCCGGAUGUGUGGUUCGGGUUCGGGCACGGGGAGAGUUACUCGACGUUCGAGUAUAGUGAUGUUCAAGUAGUCCCAAAGAUUCUUCGGGCGUCGGAUAAUGUUACUGUUACGGUGAAUGUAAAGAAUACCAGCGAUCGGGACGGGAAAGAGGUCGUGCAGCUCUAUGUGGUGGAUCCGGUUUCUUCGGUUGUCACGCCAAAUAAGCAGCUCAAGGGGUUUCAGAAGGUCUUUAUCCGGGCUGGUGAAACAGCUACAGUCAGUUUGGAGGUUCGUGUUAGCAGUCUUGGACUGUGGGACGCGGGGAUGCGAUACGUGGUCGAGCCCGGUGAAUUUAUUGCACAUGUGGGUCGCAGCUCGACGGAUUUGAGGGGCAAUGUGUCUUUCUUCGUCGUCUGA